AUGGCAGAAAAAAGUGUCAAUGCGGACACCGAAAUAUUUCCCUUUCCAGGAAAAGUUCGGUCGACUGUGUGGGCUUAUUUUGGCUUCGGAAAAACAAAACAAGGACCACCUAUUAAAGAAAACCUCAACAUGCAAUCUGUUAUUUGCAAACUCUGCCGAAAAUUAUAUGUGAACAAAGGUAACAUUACAAAUCUGCAACAACAUCUUGACAAACAUCACAGGCACCAAGUAGAUUUACCACCAGAAUCGGCUUCAACACCGACCCCCAAGAAGGAGAAAACCACUCAGCCAAAAAUUGAUUUUCAACUUCGGCCUGUCGGAAAUGUCUCUCUUGAGAAGAAACGGAAGUUAGAUGACCAUGUUCAUAAACUGAUUGUGGGGAAAGCUCUGCCACUAAGUCUGGUUGAUAGUCCUUUCUUCAAAAACUUUGUAAAGGAGCUUGAUCCUAGGUAUAAGCCACCAAGCAGAUAUGAUGUUCAAAAGUCUCUGGAUGGAAAAAUGCGUCAGAUGACUGUCAAGCUACAGAAUGAAUUGCCACCUGUAGGAGGCCAUCUGGCAAUAACACAUGAUGGUUGGACCAGUUGUGCGACUGAGAGUUAUGACACUGUAACAGCCCACUUCAUCAAUAGUAACUGGGAACUUCGCUCAGCUGUACUUCAAACUACUAAAGUUGAGGGCUCUCACACUGGUGAACAUAUAGCAGAGCGGCUAAAAGAGAUGGUGUCUGAUUGGAAUAUUCCUGUCCCAACUGCGGUAACAGACAAUGCUGCAAAUGAAAGGAAGGCGAUACAAUUGUUAGGAUGGGAGCGAUUUGGCUGUUACGGACAUCGGCUGAAUUUGGCAGUGAAGAAUUCACUGGAUGUUCCAGAAGUCUCUCGAAUACUUGGGAAAUCUCGAAAGAUUGUAACCCUUUUCCACCAAUCUACAAGUCUCAAUGAUUGCCUGCUUGACAAGCAGAUACUUGUGUACUCUGAUACACGGAACCUAAUAGGACAUAAGUUAAUAAAUGAUGUCCCGACUAGGUGGAACAGUACUUUGGCAAUGUUACGACGGCUCUCUGAGCAGAUUGCUGCAAUUCUAGCCAUUGCUAGUGACGAUAAGCUGAACAUUAAUAAAACUACAUGCAACAAUCUUAGGUCAUACUGUCUUCUUUUGAGGAACAAAAUAUUGUUGAAGGCUUGA